GCAUGCCGCAGCAAUGAGGGGCUUUGCCAACAUCUUUAGAUGGAGGCGAUUCACCAUAAUUUCUAGUCCAUAUAACAUACAGAUACUGAAUUGCUGCCCAAACGACCCUUUCCUACCAUGUGUGCCUGCAGUUCAUGUUCUUUAUGCAAUUUCUGCUGCGUCCUUGCACCUUGUUGGUGUCGGCGUGUUGACCUCCCCUGGAUUAAACGUAAAUGUCGUUACCCAGACGCCAUGAAGGCGCUGUAUUCUGAGAGCAUAUCCAGACACGCGAGUGUCCAAGGAAAGCGGAACUUGGUAUGGAUCAUGGUCUUUGAGAUCAGGAGGCGUCAUACACAGGAGCCAGUUGCCAAGUUCGCUGCGAGCGAGGAUCCGCUUUGCAUUUGAUAUAGAUCUCAUCUGCGAGCCUGGCGCGACCUACGAGCACCCAACCCCAUCCGAU